ACAAAUUUCCACCACACUCAACAAACACACGACACUACGAACCUACGCCGCGAACUCUGAAGAAUCCCCACACGUUCCCUGGCAUCAUAGCGACACUGAGGUAUUACAAACCUCUCACUUCUCUCUAUUCGCGCGAGCGCCUCCCAUAUUGCUGAGCUCCGCGUUUGCGGGAGACAGUCGCCUCCAGCAUGUCCAUCGACUUCCCGAAGGAAGAAGAGCGCAUCCUUGCUUACUGGAGAGAGAUUGAUGCUUUUCAACGUCAAGUCGAGCUAUCGAAAGGUCGCCCACCUUAUACCUUCUAUGAUGGGCCUCCAUUUGCGACCGGCCUCCCCCACUAUGGCCAUCUCUUAGCUUCCACCAUUAAAGACAUUAUACCCCGAUACUGGUCCAUGAAUGGAAGAUAUGUUGAGCGUCGGUUCGGGUGGGAUACUCAUGGUGUGCCAAUUGAGUAUGAGAUUGACAAGAAGCUCGGGAUGAGCGGCAAAGAUGCGGUACAAAAACUUGGAAUCGCGAAGUACAAUGCCGAAUGUAGAGCUAUUGUCAUGAGAUUCGCUUCGGAAUGGAAAGAAACCAUUGAACGUUUAGGUCGCUGGAUCGACUUUGAAAAUGACUACAAGACUAUGAACACCUCCUUCAUGGAGUCAGAAUGGUGGGUAUUCAGCCAGCUCUGGAAGAAAGGCGCCGUCUAUCGUGGAUUCAAAGUCAUGCCCUACUCUACCGCCUUGAAUACUCCUCUGAGUAACUUCGAAGCCCAACAAAACUAUAAGGAUGUGCAGGACCCAGCAGUAGUGGUGACAUUUCCUCUCGUGAACGACCCAGAAACAUGUCUCCUGGCAUGGACAACUACGCCUUGGACGCUUCCCUCACACACUGGUCUUUGCUGUCACCCAGAUUUCGAGUACGUCAAGAUUUAUGACGAAAAGACGAAGAAGAAUUACGUCUUACUCGAAGCCCUUCUCAAGACCAUAUAUAAGGAUCCAAAGAAGGCCAAGUUUAAAAUCAUUAGUAAGAUCAAGGGUAAAGACAUGCUUGGAUGGCAGUAUGAGCCUCUAUUCGAUUUCUUCUAUGAAGAAUACAAGGAUAAAGGUUUCCGAGUGUAUAACGAUACUUAUGUCACUGCAGACAGUGGCGUAGGAAUAGUUCAUCAAGCACCGGCAUUCGGCGAGGACGAUUACCGCGUAGCAUGGGAGGCCGGAGUUGUAUCCGAGUCCCGGCCACCUCCGAAUCCCGUUGAUGACAGUGGUAUCUUCACAUCUGAGGUUGGGGAGUUCGCCGGCAAGGGCGUCAAGGCCGCUGAUAAGGAGAUCCUAAAAGCUCUGAAGGCCAAAGAUAGAGUUCUGGUAGACAGCACGCUGAUGCAUAGUUACCCAUACUGUUGGCGAUCGGACACCCCGUUGAUAUAUCGUGCCGUUCCAUCUUGGUUCAUCAAAAUCCCGGACAUCGUUCCCCAGAUGCUUGAAAAUGUCGCAGGAUCACAUUGGGUGCCUUCCUUCGUCCAGGAGAAGCGUUUCUCAAAUUGGAUCGCUGGUGCAAAAGACUGGGCUGUUUCUCGGAACCGGUAUUGGGGAACACCACUUCCGCUAUGGGCGAGCGAAGAUUUCAAAGAGGUUGUCUGUAUCGGCAGCAUUGAGGAGCUAAAGACUUUGAGCGGGUACCAAGGAGAGAUUACUGACCUUCAUCGCGACAAAGUGGACGAUAUCACUAUCCCAAGCAAAAAUGGGAAAGGGGUUCUCCGUAGAGUUGAUGAAGUGUUUGACUGCUGGUUCGAGUCUGGCGCUAUGCCUUACUGUUCGGCCCAUUACCCCUUUGAAAACGUGGAGCAAUUUGAGAAGUCAUUCCCCGGAGACUUCAUCGCCGAAGGUCUGGAUCAGACUAGGGGGUGGUUUUACACACUCACAGUACUGGGCACUCAUCUCUUUGGGAAGCUACCUUUCAAGAAUUGCGUUGUUAACGGCAUUGUUCUGGCGGAAGAUGGUAAGAAGAUGUCGAAGCGACUCAAGAACUAUCCCGAUCCAAACCUAAUCAUGAACAACUAUGGUUCUGAUGCUCUUCGACUGUAUCUCAUCAAUUCACCAGUUGUUCGCGCAGAAACACUCCGCUUCAAGGAGACUGGCGUCAAGGAGAUCGUAUCGCGAGUCUUGCUUCCGCUCUGGAAUAGUUAUCAGUUUUUCGCCCAGCAGGUUGCUCUCCUUAAGAAAAUCGAGAAUAUAGAUUUCGUCUUCGAUCCCAAGGCCGAGGAGACCAACACGAACGUUUUUGACAAAUGGAUCCUCGCCAGUUGUCAAAGUUUACUGAAGUAUGUCAAUGAAGAGAUGGCUGCGUAUCGUCUCUACACAGUCGUACCAAAGCUUCUUGGACUUAUUGAUAAUACGACAAACUGGUACAUCCGAUUCAACCGCAAACGUCUCAAAGGCGAGAAUGGCACCGAAGAUACACGGCACGCUCUCAACACUCUUUUCGAAGUAGUAUACACCUUGGUUCGUGGUCUUGCCCCAUUCACACCUUUCAUUGCCGAUAACAUAUAUCUCCGUCUACUACCCUUCAUACCUCAAGAACUGCAGGCCCAGGACGCACGUAGCGUGCAUUUCCUGCCAUAUCCAGAAGUUCGCCAAGAGCUCUUCGAUGUGGCUGUCGAGCGUCGCGUUGGUCGUAUGCAGACUGUCAUCGAUCUAUGCCGUCUCUGUCGUGAGAGGAGAGCCAUUGGUCUUAAAACACCUCUCAAGACACUUGUCGUCAUCCACGCAGAUGUACAAUAUCUCGACGAUAUUAAAGGACUAGAAGGUUACAUCACAGAGGAGCUCAAUAUUCGGGACCUCGUUCUCUCUUCAGACGAGGACAAAUAUGAUGUCCAGUAUUCGCUUUCUGCCGACUGGCCCAUACUAGGCAAGAAGCUAAAGAAAGAUGCACAAAAGGUCAAGAAAGGCCUGCCGAGCUUGACAAGCAACGACGUUAAAGAGUUCGUGAAGAGCGGCAAGAUUACCGUUGAUGGUAUUGAUCUCACAUCUGAAGAUCUCGUGGUGCAUCGCGGAUUGAAGGAGUCGGAAGCAUCGAAGACACAGGAAUUCAACACUGACGGUGAGGCACUUGUCAUUCUAGAUGCCGCCAUCUAUCCUGAAUUGGCACAAGAAGGCCUGGCUCGUGAAAUGAUCCGACGUGUGCAAGAUCUUCGCAAAAAAGCUGGUCUCAAUGCGACGGACGAUGUUGGCAUGGAGUACAGCGUGUUGAAGGACCCUGAGAACAUCGGACUCGAGCAAGCAUUCGAAGAUCAAAAGUCUCUAUUCGAAAAGGCGCUGCGAAGACCUGUUGACAGACUCCAGGCCACACAGGCCGAAGAAAAGAUACCCGAGAAACAGGAAGAAGUAAUCUUGCAGGAGGAAGGCGAGAUUCAGAAAGCUACUUUUCUACUAAGGCUUAUCAGGCUUUGAGACGACUAGCAUGAAUGAAAAAGUAAAUGUACCAGCUUGUGACUUGAAUUAUUCACACCUAUCAUGAAGAAAGAUAGAUAGAUAGAUAGAUACAAAUCCUGACAUUGAUUCUGACACCUAGA